AUGCUCCUGACCUUUCUUUUGAUCAUGCAAGCUAAUGACGUCAUUGACUUGCUAUUGAACUUUACUGCGAUGGAAUUCGUGACCAAUUUGGAUGGGAUUGCAUUCAAGCUUGCUGAAAAUGGAUAUCUAUGGUCCGCCGGGGAAGACACAGCAAGAGCGGUCACGAAUACAAGAUUUGAAAAAACUUCGAAACGGCGUGUGCUGAAACGAUGGCCCCAUGUAUUCAUGGCUUUCGUUCUGUACUCACUCUUCGUUCUUGUGGUUUAUCGUCAAACGAAUAGGGUGUAUGGAGACAACAUUGUAUACAUCCAGUUCACGGAUGCUAUUGUCCCAUGGCUUGGAACUCUUUCAGGUUCUUAUGUCGGCACGCGCAAGCAAGCAAUUCGAAACCUUUUUGGUAAAAAUGCCGACGUAGGCAUCAUUGUCUAUGAAAAGAAAGAUCAGAAAGAAUAUUGUCAAGACAGUGGAAUACCCGAUUGUAAACGGGCCUUCUUCUUCUACUGCAUGAAAGUGAAAGAAUGGCGUUUCGAUUUGGUGGGAAGUACUACCGACUUGAAUUGUGACAACUGGAUCUUACGAGGGAGCAAUGAUGAACCGAAAUUGGGAGAUAAGUACGACAUUUUAUCCCAUUCCUCUGCAAAUUGGUUUGCACAAGAUCCAAAGGCGGAGAAGAAGAAAGCCCUUCGCGACGAAGUUGCUGUGAUCAAAUCCUUCAAAGCUGCAGAUUACAAAGAGCAAGAGCUUGCCACGUUGGAAGCCACCGGAGUUCUAUUCGAUGCUCCAUACUACAAGAUAGUGGAGGACGGCUCAAGGGUCCAUGAUCGCCCAGUGUACGAAACUUUCGAUUUAGAGUUCCUUGCAUUCAAUGGAUACCGAUGGCUUUUAGUGCGAUAUGAUGAAACUGAGUGCGCACAAAAUUGCACCCGAAGACGUGAUGAUUGCUUCCAUUUCUGUUUGUCGACGUUUGACCCAUUCUAUUCAAGGUACAAUGCAAGUCUCAUCAGCCACCCAAUGGAAUUACAAACUUCCGGAGACACAUGGGUGCCAUCUGAAGAAUUGAUGUGGUUUCCAGUGACAGGAGAAGGCAAUGCAACUCAACCAGAUCUGGAAGUGAAGGCCCUACCUGUUUUGGUUUCCGAAACAAUUGAUAUUUUCGAAAACCCUGAAGGGCUGAAAGACUUAUCGGUCGAAGCAGCAGCAAAGAGGCUUUUCGCUGAAUCUUCUCGACUUAACAAACCAACCUCUGAGAUGCCGUGUGAAGCUGGCGAAACGUCAUUGGUGAUCGAGUUGCGGACCGAUCUUUGGCCUGAAGAAACGAAAAUGCUGGUCAUGGAAAUGAAAGAACUCAUGGCAUCAUUUGAUGCUUACAACUAUAGAGAAGAAGAACCUGACGUCGCAAAAUUGAACUUCGCAAGGGCGAUUUUUAAGAAUAACACGAUUCCAAAUGACCCUUUGGAACUGGCAGGUCAUCGCUCAACUUUCUCGUUGGACGACUCAUCGAAAACAAAUGUUUGGGGUUUCUAUGGCGGAAGGAAAGACAAAAUUACAACGUAUCGCUAUGGCACAUGCUUGCCAAGUACUUCUUGUGUCGGAGUACUUUUGCAUGAUAAGUUCAGUGAUGACAUUGCUCUUCCUGGAAAAUUUGAAUUGUAUUUGGAUUCGAAGAGAGUAGACUUGAACAAGAGGACCACGCAGUAUUGCAUGUACGAGUUGGGACCAAGUUGUGCCACCACUGUGGACUGCUUUUAG